AUGAGUUAUCUUGAGUAUUCAGGGUUUUUAUUAGAAGAAGAAACUGAAUAUGAAAAAUACUCACGUUUAGUGAAACAAAAUUCGGAUGCUUUUGAAUCAUGGGAAGGGUUAAUUAGGGUGGUAGAGACUAUGGAUGGAGGAUUAAAUAGGAAUUCGUCGCCACAGGCAAUUGGAGCGAUGAGAGAUGCAUAUGAUAGAUUUCUUGCGAAAUUUCCAUUAUUAUUUGGAUAUUGGAGAAAAUAUGCAGAAUUGGAGUUUUCUAUAGCAGGAACGGAAGCAGCAGAGAUGGUGUAUGAAAGAGGAGUAGCAGGUAUAUCUAAUUCAGUUGACCUAUGGACAAAUUAUUGUGGAUUUAAGAUGGAAACAAGUCAUGAUGCGGAUGAAACAAGAGAAUUAUUUGAACGUGGAGCAACCCAUGUUGGUUUAGAUUUUUUAUCGCAUCCUUUUUGGGAUAAAUAUAUUGAAUUUGAAGAACGUAUGGAGGCGCCGGACCGUAUUUUUAUGAUUCUAGAUCGUGUUAUUCAUAUCCCAAUGCAUCAGUAUGCCCGUUAUUUUGAAAGAUAUACACAAGUUGGAGCAACUAGACCUAUAUCGGAAUUGCUUCCUGCUGAUGUAUUGAAUUCUUUUAGACAAGAUGUUCUUGCAGAGCCGGCAUCUUCUAUUCAAGCAGGACAACAGCAAAUAAAGAUGGAGCGUGGUGAGCUUGAAAUUGAAAGAGAAACUAGAAUAAGAAUACAUAAUUUACACUUGGAAAUAUUUAAUCGUACACAAAUAGAAACUACAAGAAGAUGGGUUUACGAAGCAGAGAUACGUCGUCCAUAUUUUCAUAUUAAUGAGCUAGAUGAAGCACAAUUAGUUAAUUGGAGAAAAUAUUUAGAUUUUGAAGAAACAGAAGGAGAUUUUAAAAGAAUACAGUUUCUUUAUGAGCGUUGUUUAGUUGCAUGCGCAUUAUAUGAUGAAUUUUGGUUUCGUUAUGUUCGAUGGAUGUCUGCACAGGAAAAUAAAGAAGAGGAUGUUCGAUUAAUAUAUCAACGUGCAUGUUCUACAUUUGUUCCCAUAUGGAAAUCGACCUGCUAUUCGUCAUCAAUAUGCAUAUUUUGA